ACCUGUCGAGGAGUAGAAAUCUAUAGAAAACCUUUACCAUUGAUUGAAAUGUAAUAGGAGAAGUGUGACAUGCAGCAUUUAUCCAAUGUAGAACAGAAUUUAUUGAGUUUUUUGUGUGGUUUUGCUGUCAAUAGAUAUCAGGUCAAUAAAUAUCCAUUGAUGUAGGUCUUAUCAAACUAAUUGGAAAGUCAUCACAGUUAACAUUUAAAAACAAAUGUUUGGAAUAUCAAAGAUUUAAUGCUUGACAGGGAUGUAGAUUGAGAGUGGUUUGAGGAUUUUUUACGAUCUGAAGAAGUCGUGUGCAGUAAUAAGAACUACAUCGAUCUGAAAUGUAACAUGAUUUUGUUAUUUAAAUACAGUGCACAGUUUACUUUGUUGAUGUUUUACUAUCAUUUAAAGUCAGUUGAUUUUCUUAAGUAGUGAUAUAAGAUUAUACAUAUGUAACAGCUCAGAUUAAUUUGAUGUGAAGAAGUUAAACUAAUUUUUUCGUAUGUGUGGAUAUUUUUUACUGCCAGAUAUAUGGUUAUGUUUGCCAGAUAUAUAUGUUCAAUGAAAGCAGAAUAAUUAGUGAAUAAUGAUUUUGUAAACAAAUCACUACAUAUAUGUUAUUAAUCCUUUGAAUGAUUGUUAGUGCAUAAGGAAAAAUUUUCACAUAUCAGGAAAAUGAAAAUUUGUGAAAUUUAAAACUGCAACUUGUGAUUAUGAAGGACAUAAAGCUGAUAGAAACAUAUGGUGAAAUAUAAAUAUCAUAAUUCUAUGAAAUGAAAAGGAUUGAAACAGCUGUUAUGUUGCAUAACUACAGGCUCCAGUUGUAAUUAGUUAUGUUAUUGGAGAAAAUACAAAUAGAUACAGACAUGACAGACUAGUACAAAAAAAUAUUUGUGUUUCAAGGUUAAGAAUGUUGUGAAACAAAAAAUUUGAGGCUGAGCAAAAGGAUUGAUGUGUAAAUAUUGGAAAAAGGAUUAUUAUUUUAAAUGCACAUGCAUUCGAAAUACCUAAUUUAAAUAAAGAUAGAAAGUCUUUAUGGAUGCAAAGUGCACUGUGAAUGACAAAAAACUAUUAAACAAAGUGCAGUGGUGCAUGUCUUCUGGGGAAUGUAAUAGAUUUUUGUGCAGAAAUAAAUUUGUUUAUAGAACAUUAAUGGAAUGGGCUCCCUCUAUUUUAUAAUUAAACUACAAAGAGAUAAUGGAUUAGGCAAAUAAAUUGAAGCAUAUGGCAGGGUAUAAUAAUUUAAAGAUGAUUCAUAAAAGUGUAUAAAAAAACAAAUAUUGGGUAGAAAAUUACAGGUGACGAUCGAGGAUUGAAUGACAAAGAUAUGUUAUCGGAUUUUAGUAAUAUCUCAGAUAAGAUCAAAUAGCUAUUUUAUUGAUAAUACGCGGAUGAAAACAUAGAGAUGUUAUAUAAAGCAUAUGGUUAUACAAUUAAUAUUCAAAUUUUCUAAGAGAUGUAAAAAGUGAAAUUUUAUAGACCAAAACUUGAUGCUUGCCUGUAAUCAAAGAAAUUGGUUAGCUAUCAUAGGCAAAAAAAUUGGAUGUAGAAAUAUUUAUUGAAAUGUUAACUACCCAGUCUAAAGAAAAUUCUGUGAAUUGUGAAGUUUGUAAACAUAAUCAUCAAUAUGACUGAUCACUCUACACUCUAUAAAGCUGACAAGAUCAGCAUCAGUUAUAAAAAUGUGGCAAAGAAAAGUGAUAAAUCUAGCAUUGCAGAGAACUUUGAUGUAGAUUCUGGCUUAGUAAUGCAGUUUGAUGAUUCUGACAAUGGCAAUGAUUCGAUACCUGAAGGGAGUUUACAGAAAUUUGAUAAUGUCUGUCUUUUUCGUGAAGAGGACAAGGGAGACAACUCUUAUACAUUUCAAAAUUCUUUAAAUGACAAUUCAAAAACCACCACAGCAAAGCCUUAUAUUUGCAAAUUUGAAAGUGAAUAUGGUGAUUUUGAAUGGGAUAGUGAAAUGACAGAGGAGUCUGAGGAAAGUGGGACCAUAGAACUCACUGGAAGUCAUUCUAUGAUAUCUGAGGGCUUUUUGGAAGAGGAUUCCUUUGAAAUGGAGGAAAUCAUUUCUGGAGAGAUUUUGGAUAAGGGAGAAAUUCCUGAUAAUCAGUCAGUCACUAUUUCUAACAUUUUUGAGGAGAAAGCAGAAAAUUUUGUAAUGGCAGCUUUGUUUGGAGCUUCAGAAGAAGGAAAUUUACAAGGAAUAAAAGAUCUUGUUAAAAUGGCACAGAAUAUAGAUUUAUUGGCCACUAAUAAGCAUGGUGAAACUGCUUUACACAAUGCAGCUAGUGGAGGUCAUACUGAAAUAAUAAAAUAUCUACAAUCUAAAGGGGCAGAUGUUAAUGUUGUUGACAAGAAUUUAGAUGGUUUGAUAUACUGGGCAGCAAGACAAGGACAACAAGAAGUCAUAACGUAUCUUAAAGAAGAAAAUGUAUCUCUGGAUACACAAAACAAGUCUGGAGAAUGUGCCUUACAUGUAGCAGCCAGGUAUGGACAUUCAGCUGUUAUUGCCUAUCUUGUGUCAGAAGGUGCUGAACUAAACCUCCAAGAUACAUUAGGUGACACAGCCUUACACAGUGCUGCCUGGCACGGGUUUAAUCAGAUUGUAGCAUCUCUGUCUUCUGGUGGAGCCGAUCUUAACAAACAGAAUAAGGAUGGAGAAACAUCAUUACAUUGUGCAGCAGCAAGGGGAUAUUUAGACAGUGUAAAAACCCUGUUAGACAGUGGUGCUCCAAUCAAUCAAUUAGACAAGAUAGGAUGCACAGCAUUACAUUUGGCCUGUAAUCGUAGACACAGCAACAUAGCUAUGUUAUUACUACAUGCUGGAUGUAAUAUUGAUACUGUAGAAAAGGAGUCUGGUGACAGUCCUUUAAAUUGUGCUGUGAAAGAAGGUAUGACAGCAGUGGUACAGACAAUGUGUGGGUAUGGAUGUCAACCUAAUGUGGUCAAUAAGGUUGGACUUUCACCACUACAUAUAGCAAGCAAAGAUGGACAGUCAGAAAUAGUCAGGGCAUUGUUAUUAAGGGGAGCUAAUCCAGACUUAUACUACAAGGAUGGUGUUACAGCUGAAAUAAUGGCAUUGGCUCAAGGUUUUACAGACAUCUCUGAUAUCCUCAGUAAAGUCAAAGGGGACAGAGGAGAGGUCUAUAUAAGCCAGUUGGUGCCUCUACCUCAAGCAUUAUCAAGAAUCAAACUGAAAGUAUUCGGUGCUAGUGGUGUAGGGAAGACCACAUUUAUAGAGUCCAUGAAAUGUGGCAUGUUUUCUGGUUUCUUCAGGAGAUCAUCUACUAGAUUGUCAAGCCAGUCAGCUACCAGUAUGACUAAAGGAAGGGAUGGCAAGCUGUCUCGACAAUAUAGUCUCCCUAUACCAUUGACUUAUAGUGUCAACAAUCCAACAUACACUAAGGGUAUUCAUGUACAACAAACUAGCAUAUCAGGGUUAGGAGAGCUGAGUAUAUGGGAUUUUUCUGGUUAUGAACCUUACUAUAUGUUAUAUGACCAUUUCAUGGGAGAUACAAACUGUAUAAACAUAGUGAUGUUUAACUUGUGUGAUGAUGUUGCUGAGCAAGUGGCCCAAGUCAUAUUCUGGCUAGGGUUCAUUAAAGGCAGGAUUUCACCACAACUUCCAUUAGGAUAUAGUGGAAGACUGCCAGUUAGACCAAAGAUCUUACUGAUAGCCACACAUGCUGACAAAGAGAGAUGUCCUAAGAAUUCUCGAGGAGAACAUACAGCCACAGACAAUAUGAGAACGGUAUAUAACAGAGCCCAGGAGAUGUUUGGAUCAGAUAUAGAGCUAGUGGACAGGAUAUUUAUAAUGGAUGCCCAUGCUGCCUCAUCUCACGAUAUGAAGGCCAUUAAACAUCAGCUGGGUUUGGUCAAAGGUCAAAUUUCAAAAGAUUUACCAAAGUCCAGUAGAUUUUUUGAUGCCAUGGUGCUACAGUUAGUGUCAUGGAGAAGAGCAUCUUCAUCAUUUCCUGUAUUAUCAUGGCAACAGUUUAUUGAUUAUGUGAGGGCAAAGGUCAAUCCGUUGGCUGGUGAUGAACACAUGAAGCAUUUGGUUAAACAGUUACAGUUUACAGGAGAGGUAAUCUAUCUUGAAAGUGACUCAGGCCAAGAUCUUGUUGUACUAAAUCCACACUGGCUCUGUAGUGAUAUUAUAGGAAAUCUGAUUUCACACGAGAAAAUCAUCCAGUCUCGCAUCACUGGCUGUUUUACGGUAGAUGAUUUCCAGUUGAUGUAUCCAGAGACUGAUGCCUUAGACUUGCUACAAGUUUUAGAAACAUUGGAAGUCUGUACUCGGUGUGACUCUGAAGAUGAAAUUGAAUAUGAAUUCCCAUGUCUAAAUUUUGUAGAAACUUUAAAUGGUCUCUGGCAGAGAGAUACAAAAAGGUUUGGAGAUGGUGUAUAUGGUGGGGUUCGAAUACAGUCAAGUCCAUUUUAUGUGAACCAGUUGGUUCAUUUGUUUCCAAGGGUACAGGUACUUUUACGACGGACGGUUCUCCAUGAGACUGAAGAUCCUGAGGCUGAGUUGUAUCAGUGGCAUUAUGGGUCUAAAUACUGUUGUGCUGAUUUAGAAGGAAUGAUAAGUAUGGACCCCAUGUUUGACUGUAUUGAAAUCAAAGUAAGAGGACCUAGUGAUAAGAGAACACAAAUUUUCUAUUUUCUAGAGGAUUUUAUCAAUGUGGUAGAACAAGUGAUACUUAAUGUAUGUCCUGGAGUUUGUACUGAACGACAUAUUCUUAGUAGUCAGGAACUUAAGGACCACCAUCGAAAUGUCCGUGCAUAUUCACCAAAGGAAAUGAUAAAGAUGCAGUUAGAGAAAAAGACAUGCUUGACUCUGUGUGAUUCAAAACAGGAAGAAUUUUCAGACAUUGUUUGCAUGGGUUCAAACGAAAUAGUCCAAAAUAUCUGUCUCGGAGUAGAUUUACCUGUAUCUCAUUUAACAAUACAUUCACGACAACGCCUUGCUCAAGUGCUCGAUCCUGCCGAUAAGAUGGGUCGGGAUUGGUGUCUUUUAGCCGUUUUGUUAGGUCUUGAACAUUUACUUCCUGUUUUAGAUACUAUUGACGGAAGCAUAGAAAGUAAGACAGACAAAGUGUUAGUUGAAUGGUCAAAGGUGUGUACUAAUCCAACCAUUGGUCAGUUGAUAUUGAAAUUAAAAGAACUUCAUCGUGAGGAUGCUAUCGAAGUUUUACUGCAGUCAGGACCUAUAUUUAAAGUAGUGGUUUAUGACGAUCAUAGUACUGACGAUAGCCAGGUAGCAGGCCCCACGGGGACUGAUUCAACAAAUACAUUGUCCAAUGUAUCCAGAUGACUAAGAGAGUCACAUUAGAUCUUUUACAAUUACUAAUUUACAAUGUUUAUUCAGUAUCAUUAUCAAAUAUAUAUGUAAAAUUUAAUACUGAAUGCCACACAUUUGGAGUAUUUUCUUAUGGGUAAAAGAGAAAAAAUAUGUUUUUUGCUGUUUUUUACACAGCCAAGUAUUUUUUAGAGAAAAUAACUAAUCAAAACGAUCAAGCAAUUGUAUAAAAGUCCCAAUCCAGAUAAACAUUCAAGUUGUUCAAAUAUUGAAAGGAUCAAUGCUUAAGACAUUUUUUUAUAUUCACUAUGUAUAUUUUGUUCAUGGCAUUGGUCAGUUUUUGUACUUUAAAACAUUCCUCUACCACCAGUUUUGACAAUCCUUUAGAAAAUGUGUAAACAUUAUAUUAUUGGAAAAAAGUUUAUUUUCUUCAUACUUUGAAUGUAUAAUUUUAUAUUUUGCAUUUUUACUAAAUGAAUUGCUGCAUUGAACCACCCAAGUAUUUAUAGGCUUUAGAUUUCAUAAAUUGUUACAUAGUAAAAUAAAUUAAAAAAAUGACAUAUUCUUAUCUUAAAUAGUGUACUUUUGUUUUGGUUAUUAGACCAACCCCAAUUUUUAGCAUUUCCAAAAAAAUAGAAA